GGAAGUCGAGUAACAUUACAACUCUCAGCAGCCUCAAACUACUACAUUACACAGGCGAGGGACUCGUAUCUUCCUUGAGGAUUUAACCCCGAGUCGGAUCACGGGAUUUUUUUUUUUUUGCUCUCUAACGUCAUCAUUUUUCUUUUUUUUCUUUUUCUUUUUUUGCUUUCAUCCUUACAGGAGACUGUUUGCUGUUUUGGGGGUGUUUUUUUUUCUUCUUUUUUAUUUUAUUUUUCAGGGGGGGCAAAACUGGCGAGAGGCGAGCAUGGAGUAUUUCAUGGUACCAGCUCAGAAGGUGCCCUCCUUGCAACAUUUCAGAAAAACGGAGAAAGAAGUGAUCGGAGGUCUUUGUAGUCUGGCCAACAUUCCUCUGACCCCAGAAACGGCCCGGGACCAAGAGAGGCGAAUUCGCAGAGAGAUUGCCAACAGCAACGAGCGUCGGCGUAUGCAGAGCAUCAAUGCUGGAUUCCAGUCACUUAAAACACUCAUCCCACACAGCGAUGGAGAGAAGCUCAGUAAGGCUGCCAUCCUGCAACAGACAGCAGAGUACAUUUUCACUUUGGAGCAGGAGAAGACGCGGCUAUUGCAGCAGAACAGUCAGCUGAAACGAAUCAUACAAGAGUUGAGCGGUUCUUCCCCUAAGAGGAGGCGUGCGGAGGAGAAAGACGAGGGGAUUGGGUCACCAGACAUCCUGGAGGAGGAAAAGGCCGAGGACCUGAGGAGGGAGAUGAUCGAGUUAAGGCAGCAGCUGGAGAAAGAGCGCUCGGUCAGGAUGAUGCUGGAAGAUCAGAUGCGUUCGCUCGAUGCUCAGCUGUACCCAGAGAAACUGAAGGCGAUCGCCCAGCAGGUCCAGGAGCAGCAGGCCCAAACACAGAGCCUCGUUCAUCUGCAGCAGCACCAGCAGCUGGAGCGGGACCUCACUCCAGCCCACAGCCCACAGGUUUUGGCCCCGGCGACCCCCCCUGCACCUACACACCAUGCCACGGUCAUCGUCCCUGCACCGGCCCAGCCUCCCCAUCAUGUCACCGUGGUAACCAUGGGCCCAACAUCAGUUAUCAAUACGGUGUCCACAUCUCGACAGAACCUGGACACCAUCGUUCAAGCAAUCCAGCACAUCGAGGGCACCCAGGGGAAAGGGUGCGUGGGCGAGGAGGAGCAGCGGAGGGCGGUCAUCGUCACCUCGGGGCGCGUCCUGUCCGACGCGGCGGGCUCAGACACGGCUUCAAACAGCGACGGGCCCGACGACUGCUCACUGCCCUGAGUUCAUCCCGUAACCGCCUCGCAGUCAACAUACACGCACACACUUACACACACUUAAAAGGGCCCAAGCAGACCAGGGCUACAGGAGGCGACGGCACUCUUGUUCAGUGGACAUUAACAGGGCUGGUAGGCAGAUUAAAGCACUCGUUUUCUUUUUGUUUCUUCCUUUUCAGUGCGAAACUCUUGCAUAUUGUACCGUAGGCAGCCCGAAUAGGUUUACACUUAGACACUCAUGCAGUCUCGUCUGCAUCCUUUCUCUGCUAAUCCCUAACCCCCUGCUGUCACUCACAUGCUCAAACUCAUGUCUGUUCAAACUGUAGAAAAGGUUAUUAGGGCGACCACUUCACUAACCGAUGUAUAAAUGUUCGGUCAUACUGGAUACUAGAAUUCUCGAAUGUCUGCUUAGCGCCGCCAUCGAUCACCGGGGACCGUUCUCUUCGUUACGUCCCCUGAAGCCAUGUGACUGAGCCGCGAAACAGGAGACAAAAGUCGAUGAAGGGCCCAGCAGCGCGGCGUCAUCACCACCCAACACCAGAGCUUUUUUUUUUUUUUUUCAAAAGAUGAACAUCCUUUAAACCUCCUUCUCUGAGCUGAAGGAGAGACACUGUGAGCCAACAAGACUUCUCUCAAAAAGUUCCACCGUUUUUAGACAUCUGGUUUGAAAGAAUAUGUUAUUUUACUCUUGUGAUGUCUGCUUUUCUUCAUGUUUUCUCUAAGGCUCCCUCAGCCAGCCAGUUAAAGUGAUUGUACUGGAAGAAAAAAAAAAGAAAAAAAGAAGCUACUUUUCAAGGCUGACAAACGCUCACAGCAAAUGAAGCGAAGCUUGGGAAGAGAGAGUGCACUUACAGGUUCACAGCUCUGUUUUUUUUCUUUUGUUUGUUUAUUUGUUUGUUUGUUGCCAUUUUUUUACUGGGCUGGGUUCCCAGUAAUCCCACAUAUGUAUUAGGCAUGUUCUUUUUCGUUUUACUCAUGGCCUGACAAAAAGAAAAAUCAGUGCUUUUGCAUUUUCUUGACACCCCUCCCCUCUUGCAUAUAAAAGCACCUGGCUUGUUAAAUAAGCUAAUCUGUGGCCCGCUCUCGAGUGAUUUCCACUGGUGUGUGUGUGUGCCUGUGUGUGCGUCCGCUUUUUAGCGUUUUUUUCGAAUCAGCAGCGGUGGCCCAGACUCUGGCAGUCUGCAGCAGCACCGCCCUCGCCUUGAAAUCGAGGCACGUCUAUGUGUGUACUCACACAUAAAAAACACAACUGACAUACAAUCACUUGUUCGCCCAAUCGUCGGGGCCGCUUCUACUUAGCCCUUAACAGUGUAGUUUCUUGUCCAACACGUUUGGACAGCGAUCCAAGCAGACAUCAAAAUACAAGGAAAAAUGCCCAGUGAAAUAGUUUGAAUGUGCCAUGGAGGUGACUGGGUUGACCACACAUGCUCUAUGCAUCUCUUUACAUGCAUCACUUGUCCUCGUCUCCGUGCUCUUUACAUGUCUCUGCUCUGAUCGUACUUAAAUCGUGCUUUUUUUUUUCUUCUUCUUCUUCGCCUGGUCGGUUGACAGACACACUUUAAGACAUGUAGCUGAGAGAGGCAGCAGCUUGCCUUACUUACAGUCCGUGGGUGCAGGGAGGCACUGUGAAGCCAGCCUUAACACAGCCCCUGGGUUCUGAGAGACGUACCUGAACACUUGAUCCAGGCCCCUGGAAAUCCUUUCCAAACAGGCUCGCGAACACCCGGGGUUGUGUUUAGAAUAUAUAUUCCAAGUUAUCUUGUCUGUUUCGCUUAUGUUUGUUUUGUUAUGUAUGCUUCAAAAACGAACAGGAACAAGUUGCUGGUAUACUAAUUACGGUCAAGCACUCCUGAUGUUUCCCCUGUGUAGAUUUGAAACCGUUUUGGGCCCCUUUAGUGUGCACUAUGAAAGCCAGAUGUUAAAAUGAAAUGUUUACAUUCCAUAAAAUAUUACUUUUUUUUUAAAAUACCAGGUAGCUUUUCGAAAGUUACGCCUGGUAUGUUUAGAAAUAACUGUUGCAUUUACAGCUUUUGACGCAUCGCCAUGAUUGGAGCCGCCAGCAUUGAUGUAUAGAUGGAGUUUUGAACUGCUGGACAGAUUAUGUGUUCAAAUCGAGCGCACCUCAUCUAUCAUAAUUCACGUCAUGGAACUGCCCUUUAAAAAAAAAAAAACAACAAAAUAUUGAUGUCAGCUGCACUGAAACGAGUGACGCAAAACUAAAUCAUGGGAUGUAUUCCCAGUACUUAUCACUAUAUAGAGAAAGGGGAUUCCUGGAUAUGGAAAACAUGGUCUGCAAGCUCUGCUUUGCGUAGAGCCUCUGCUUUUUUUCCCCCCGAACUGUUUUAUUUCCAUCGGUGUUUUUACACUCUGUUCUACGUGUUAGGAAACAUUAACGUGGACAUAUCAGAUUGUCAGAUGAGUUGGGGUGGGUCUGGGGAUCAUUUAAUGGGGUCAAGAUUACAAAGCACUUACUGUACUAUACUGGAGUCUGCCUCUUUCUUUUGUAUAAAGGGGCAUCUCCUCAGCUGAAGCUCUUGAGGUUAUGAGUAGAAACCGCACAGCUGUGUAUCCCCCCCACCUUUCCCUCCAUGUCCAUCCUACAUCUUGUCCCGUUUGUCUCCUCACAUCAUCUUUGUUUAUUUUUUUAUUUCUUAUGCUGUCUUUGUUGAUCUGUCAUCUAUAUCUCUUGUCUCCCUACACAUUUUUUUGCAGCUCCCUCUUCUUCUUUUGUCUGUUCUCUGUACAUUUUUGUUAGACCUGUCUGUGUAUAUGGUCAUCAAGAAGCUAUUUUGUUUUUUUGUUAUUUUUUUUUUCUUUUUAAGAGAAAUGUUUUGGGGAUAAAGAGGCUUGUGCCUUUGUAAAGACAGAAUAAUAAAGUUUGUACUUUGUUUUUUACGCA